GAUGCCAAUAGGUUUGCGACUGUUUGCCCGAACAGUCGACGAAAUCCGGUGCUCGCGAGCGGUUGUAAUUAACGGUAAAGCUGUAGUUGUUUCGAUGAAAUAUUGCGCGCGUAACGGGAAAAAUACGGAGCCGUAAAAGCGCAACAGCGCCUUUGAAAUAGCGGUAAAUAUCGCCAUUAAUGAAAAGUAGUAAACACAGUGCUAAAUGAAAGAGAAUGAGACCCAGUCGACAGGACCCAAGAAGACGAUGUUGAUUGAGUGCAUUUCGCGUGACAUUCCCUGAGAGUCAGCUUCGCAAAUCGGCAGAAAGCAGAAGUAAAGCUCAAGUGUAGAGCUCGGCUGCACAGAUCUGUACAUAUAUAUACAUAUAUAGCAAUCAACCAUCCACCGAUCGGUUGAGAGGCGUGGCAAAUGAACUUCAAUCCGGCCAGCGUGGUAGCCGCCGCAGCAGCAGCCGCACAUCAGACGUCCCAUCUUCACCACCAUCACCAUCAUCAUCCGUAUAUAAGCCACCAGCAAUUGCAGAACCACCAGAGCAGCAUCACCCAACCACAAGCACAGCAACAACAGCUGAUCCCACUGCCCGGCGUCGGCGGAGGAGCGAGUUUACCAGUGGGUGGCAGUGGCGGUGGCGAUACAUCGCCCAAAAUCAUGGAGUGGACCAACGACGAUGCUCUGGAGCUGAUUGAGCAGUACCGCUGCCAUACGGAGCUGUGGAAUCGUGCCGAUCCCAAGUACAAGGAUAAACUAUGUCGAUUCCGGGCGUGGUCGGAAAUAGCCGAGCGUUUCGGUUGCAGCAAGGCGGAAGUGGAGCGGAAGAUGAACGUACUGCUCACACAGUAUCGCCGGGAGAAGCACAAGAUGUUCGUGAAGAUAUACCAGGGCAUACAGCCCAAUCCGUCCAAGUGGUAUGCCUUCAAGCGAUUCGAUUUCAUGGAGGCAGGCGGCGGCAGCCUAAGCGGCGGUGGGUCCGUGGGAUCCGGUGUUAAUGCCCCCAGCGGCAACCUGGUGCCGAAUCCCGUUUCCUCAUCCGCUGCCGCCGCCGCCCACAACGGGCUGAACGGACUGGCUGCCGCGGCAGCGGCCUACGAAAGCGGUACGAUUGCGGCGGCGGGCAACGGAGGAGCACCACCCACUGUACCAGGUGGCGGAGCACCUGGCUCACAGACCGUCAUGCAGCACAGACGCAUCAAGACCAAAGAGCUGAAAUAUUUCGGAGCGAUGGGCCUGAACAUACCCAUGUUGAUAGCGAGCAGCCAGACGCUGGACAGUUGGAAUACGGCGGGUCAGUACUCGCCACCGAUAUCGGGCUCCGGCGGCGGUGGCUCCGAGCGCGGAGGAAGUGCUGGAGGCGGCGGAGUGCCGCCACAGCAACUGCGAGUGCCCCUGCCGAUGAGCUAUCAUGGCGGAGCUGGGGGUGGGAGCAGCAGCAGUGAUUUCCAGCAGAGUCCCCUGAAGACCAUGGACACCUCGGACAAUGAGGACAACAACAAUACCAAGGAGGAUGUGGCGGCGGCAGCGGCACUGGGACAACUGGCUGCCAAGGUCGAGCUGCGAUCGCCGGCGGGCGCAGGUCCUGGCGGUGGCGGUGGUUCGAGCAGUAGGGAAGCCAAUGAUCCAGCCAGCGAUCCCAUCAAGUCCGACCGCACUCUAAGCGAAGCUGGCAGCAGUCCCAUACCGAAUACCAACAUGCACGAGGCGCACAAGAAUCACCUGCUAAACAGUCCCGCCGGCGGAAGAGCGGUCACGCCGCGGCAGGCGCAUGAGCAGCUGCACCACCAUCCGCACACGCAACACCACCUGCAACAUCAGCAGCAACAACUGCAGCAGCAGCAUCAGCAGUUGCAGCAGCAGCAACUGCAACAGCAUCAGCAACAGCAGCAGCUGCAUCACGGCCACGAGGAAUUGGACAUCAAGCAGGAGUUGGUGGACUAUUUCCAUGGUCAGGCGGCUGCCGGUGGCGGUGGUGGUGGUGGUGUUGUUGGUCCUGCACCGCCGCCACCACCGGAAUCGCAUCGUUCCUAUAGCUCAGCGGGCGAGGAGAGUCGCCUCCAGUUGGUGGACAUGGCCCAGGAUCUGAGAGUCGCCCAGGCGAAGGCCAAUUUUGGUGCUUUCAUCCUGCCACCCAGAGGCAGUGAUGCCAGCACACCCGCCAUGCCCUUAAAUAUGCGAAAACUGACCGGCGCCGGCAGUGCGGGUCAUAUGCUAAUGAAUUCGCUGCUGGGCUCCAGGGAGAGCAUGUCGGAUGGCGAGGAACCCGAUCCGGAUAACGACGAGGCGACCGAAUCGGCCGCCAGUCCGGGUCACAUCAAGAGCAGCGUUUCCGCCCAGGCGGCCGUUGCUGCGUCCGCCUUUUACGCCGAGUCCCUGAAUCGAGAUGAUUGCGAUUUUAUUGGAUCGAACGUGUCCCUCAAACUGCGAACCAUGGAUCGCACGCAACGAAUCAUUGCGGAGAAGCUAAUCAGCGAGGUGCUGUACUAUGGGCAAUUCAACGAGCUGGAACGCUCGGCGCGGAUACAGCCCAAGUGACAGUGGCGCCCCAAGAAGUGGACGGCUGCGAUGGGGAACGGAAGUGGUGGGGCCGUGGGUCUGGGCAUCGGUGUGGGUUUGAGCAGGAUCAGGCUGGGCAGGAGCCUCCUCGCCCCGCAGCAUGGCAAGUGAAUUCCAUUUGAUGAAAUAGUCGACAGAGAGUAGUAGGCAAAUACAGAAACCAAUACAGAGAACAGUACAACUUAUUUUUAGUUUGGCCAGGAUCGGGGUCACCACUUGUACAAAGCUUGGCUUGAACGGGGGCAGUGUUACUUAGCCGGAGAGAAAGUGGAAAGGGCGAGAAGAAAGCGGAGAAGGGCUUGGAGAAAGGUACCUAUACACCAGGGAGGGAGAGAUGCCGAUGCUGAAGGGUUCAAUCACGUUUUGUCAUACUUCAAAAACUAGCUAAUUGAGGAGAUGGGCAAGCAAUUAGGAGUAGAACAAUUAUGUCAUAUGGUUUGAACUUGAAAUGUGCUUUUAAUGCGUGCAACGUUUAAAAUAUUAAGACCAAAAUUUUAGGUUUACUUAUAGAGAACAUUAGGCAAAUAUGUAUUUUGUUAGCGUGAAUUAAUUUAUUCUGUCUGUGUAAAGUUUAGACCUUUGUAAAACAGCUGCCAUCUCUCCCGGAGGAAAACACAAACCACAAUAUAGAACACAAACCAAAGUUACUUUCUAUUCUGUUCGAAGGGCUGCCUAAACAAUAGUUUAGCUUGUGUGUCCACCAACUUCAAUAUUAAAAUACACGAAAUACAUAAAAUACAUAGAUACUAGAUAGGUUACAAAUGGGUCUGGGACUGGGGUCAGCGACACACCUGAGACGUCUAACUAGCAGAAUCUCAGUAUUAACUAUAAAAUACACAUUACAUAGGGAUCCAAGCAUUUGCCAUAGAUCGUUUCCAUUGGGGCCCGAUCGUCCACUUCUUCUGGGUGUUCUUCUCUGACUGCUGGUUGCUCGAGCCCCAACAAACCAGACCUCGCCCCCUAGAACAGAAAUACAGAAAUUAAAAAAAAAAAAUAAUAAUAAUAAUAAGAAUAAAGGAGAGGAAAAGUAAGCAAAACUAGCGUAAAGACAAGGAAAAGCGGCUGCUAAAAAGUCAAGCUCCCAUUUGGGCAUCACUGAAACUCAUGUUCCCGAGAAAAGCUAACCGUUGAGAAAGGCACUUAUAAAAUGUAUAUGUUUUCUAUGCAUAUAUCUGCAUAUGGAUAUAUGUAUGUGUAUGUAAGUGGAUGAAAAUAUAUAAUAUAUCAUUGUACCUUAUUUUGAAACAGAGAUGUUUUUUUAGUCACUUAAGUAAGUCUGGUCGUCGAAAAGUCACCACGAUCCAAACCCAACAACUGAAACCAACCAAGAAAACCAACAAACAAAAAGCAACCGCAAACUUUUACCUAUAUUAUACAAAUACAAAUACUGUCGUCACUAGUUCGUUAAAGAAACAACAAAAAGCAACGCAAAUGCAGAAACAAAAGCGAAAUAUUGUACAUUUUCGUGUUUAUUUUUUAGGUCCUAUUGAUUUUUGCAUAAUAUUUAAGUAGCUUUUAUUUUUAUAUGCAAAGCAAAGCAGAGCAAAAACAGAAACAUUGAAUUAAUUUAUAUGAAUAUAUAUAUAUAUUAUAUACAUACAUAAACCUAAUAAAAUAUGGGCAAAUUAGUUAGUCACAUAAACGAGAGAAAGAGAUAGCUGGUUAGUUGAGGAUGAUGAAAUGCAGUUCGGCUUUUGCUGCUGUGUUUUUUAGCCCUAGUUUUUACCUUAGCAUAGAACAACAAAAUCAAAAAAAAAACAGCAUAAGUCCAAACCGAAAUGAAAAGUCAUGUGUAAAAAAAUGGAAAACUAAAUGUGAAUAAAUUAAUUGUCUGUAAAAUUAGCGAGAAUUUGUUUGGCAUCGAUGUGCAAGUCGUGUGUUAGUGCGAGUGCGUAUGAAAAGCAAACCAAAAUUAGUUUUUCCUGAAUGUGUAAGCAGCAGCUAAAAAACAAAUAAAUGUGUGUACCUAUUUGUCUGACAAGCAUUGUAAA